CUGUGAAGAACCUUUGUCUUUAUUAUACAUAUUCUGUAUUCUCACUGAUUAACUGAGGAUGGAUACGGACAGGAGUCAGAAGACUGAGAUGAUAAUAAAUAUCACCCUGGAGAUCAUCUACCUGCUGACUGGAGAGGGUUACACGGUAGUGAGGAAGACAUCCGGUAAGUUCGAGACACCCAGCAGCUGUCCCCGUGUGUCAGGAAGACUGAGCAGAACCCAGAGCCCCAUCACGGUGCCUCCACCUCACUCACUGAUACAUGAGAGACACAAUAACCAGAAGAUCCUAGAACUCACCAACAAGAUCAUUCAGCUGCUGACUGGAGAGGAGCGGGAGUAUAUAGAGGAACACAGGGGUCUGUACAAGGACGUGAUGAUGGAGAAUCACCGGCCCCUCACAUCACUGGAUGGGCAUAGUAACAGAGAUACCCCAGAGAGAUGUCCCCGUCCUCUGUAUUCCCAGGACUGUACAGAGGAGAGUCACAGGAUCCCACAGGAGGAUCAGGGUGAAGAUAGGAGUAAUGUGACUGAUAUGAAGGUAGAAGAUAUAGAGGGAGAAAAAGAGACGUAUGUGACUGAUAUGAAAGCAGAAGAUAUAGAGGGAGAAGAAGAGAUGUAUGUGACUGAUAUGAAGGCAGAAGAUAUAGAGGGAGAAGAAGAGACAUAUGUGACUGAUAUGAAGGCAGAAGAUAUAGAGGGAGAAGAAGAGACGUGUGUGACUGAUAUGAAGGCAGAAGAUAUAGAGGGAGAAGAAGAGACGUGUGUGACUGAUAUGAAGGCAGAAGAUACAGAGGGAGAAGAAGAGACGUAUGUGACUGAUAUAAAGUCAGAAGAUAUAGAGGGAGAAGAAGAGACGUAUGUGACUGAUAUGAAGGCAGAAGAUAUAGAGGGAGAAGAAGAGACGUGUGUGACUGAUAUGAAGGCAGAAGAUAUAGAGGGAGAAGAAGAGACGUGUGUGACUGAUAUGAAGGCAGAAGAUAUAGAGGGAGAAGAAGAGACGUAUGUGAAGGGUGAUCUGCAGUGUAAGGAGGAGGAAAUCCCUACAGAUAUCAGCACAGGUGAGCAAUAA